UGCGCGUCUGCCCUCGGAACAAUACAGUGAAAGCCAACCUGAUAUCAAUAUGGACUGUAUCAUUCGUAAUUGCCCCGUUAUAUAGUAUGCAAUUUCUUUGCUAGCUGCGCAAAAAUGUGGAUCCCGACUGAACACGAAAAAUAUGGCGUUGUGCUGGCAAACUUUCGUGGAACGGUUCAGCAUGGGCUGCCUCUGGAGAUCGGAGACACAGUGCAGAUACUGGAGAAAUGUGAAGGGUGGUACAGGGGGUUCAUUAUCAAGAAUCCAAAUGUCAAGGGAAUAUUUCCAUGCACUUACGUCCACUUGAAACAUGCACACGUUAAGAACAAGGGGCAGUUUGAAACAGUCAUCCCCAUGGAGGAGUCCGUCGUCACGGAGAUGACUGUGACAUUGAGAGAGUGGGGCACCAUGUGGAAGCAGCUCUAUGUGAAAAAUGACGGGGAGCUGUUCCACAGACUCUGGCACGUAAUGACUGAGAUACUGGAGCUAAGGCAGCAGGUCCUGCUGGGUCACCUGACCCACGACCGCAUGACCGACAUCAAGCAGCAUGUCAUCGCGCGCCUCGACUGGGGCAAUGAGCAGCUGGGACUGGACUUAGUCCCCAGGCGGGACUUUAGCAUGGUAGACCCAGACGAGAUCAGCGUCACUGAGCUCUAUCGGCUGAUGGAACGGCGCCAUCGGAGGCAGGAUCUUCCCCCACAGGCCAACAUGCAUCACCUGUUCCUGCAGCUCAACGGCCUGCUGAACUGCAGCCUGGGUGAGGAGCUUGAUGUCUUCUUCUUCAUCUACGAUGGCAGGGAGAUGCGACCAAUAAGCGAGAGGUUCUUUGUACGCCUCAAUAAGCAAGGACUUCCCAAGUCACCAGAGAGAACAGAAAGGCAGUGUACACUCUUUGUAGAUUUGGGAAGUAGUGAUCUCCGCAAAGAUGUAUAUGUUGUAGCUCAUAUUUUUAGAAUAGGACGAAUGGUCGCUGGCGAGAAGAAGAGUGUGUGCAACACUCAGUACAGACGUCCGUUUGGCUGCACUGUGAUCAGUGUGUCUGACCUGCUGACGGCCGACUGCAAGGACGACCACCUGCUCAAAGUUUACUCCUGCAACACCGAAAGUGAGUGGUAUCAAAUCCAUGAUAAUAUCGUCCGCAAAGUCAGCUCCAGAUACAGUCAGAUUGGCUCCGGCACAGGGCUUGCUGUCUCACUGCAGCUCCUGCAUGGAGACCUGGAGCAGAUCCAGAAGGAUUAUAUGCGCCUCUUCACCAACAGUGUCUCUAUUACCAGGAGGCUUGGCUUCUCUGACAUCAUCAUGCCUGCAGGGGAAGUCAGGAAUGACCUGUACAUAACCUUGGAGAGAGGGGAGUUCGAGAAAGGAGGGAAGAGUGUGGCAAGAAACGUUGAGGUCACUGUUUAUCUGCUGGGAGUAGACGGCCAAGUCCUGAAGGGUAUGGUUUGUUCAGGUUCAGGGGAGCCUGGGAUGGAUGAAUUCCAUUCGUUGGUGCUGUAUCACAGUAACAGCCCCCGCUGGUCGGAAAUGAUCAAACUGUCCGUACCUCUGGAGCUGUUCAGAGCUACUCACUUGCGCUUUGAGUUCAGACACUGCUCCACAAAGGAGAAAGGAGAGAAGAAGCUGUUUGGCUUCUCUUUUGUUCCUCUGAUGCAAGAGGAUGGCAGAACACUGCCUGAUGGGACACAUGAGCUCAUCGUCCACAAGUGUGAAGAGACGGCGAAUCUCCAGGAGUCAUCUCGCUACCUCAAACUGUCGUUCUCUAAGGCCAGUCUGCAGCCUGGCCAGAACCAGACCAUAAAGAACAGCAAAGAGUCCUUCUGGAUCCUCUCCCAGCUCUGCUCCACCAAGCUUACUCAGAAUGGUGACAUGUUGGAUUUGCUAAAAUGGAGAACCCAUCCAGACCGGAUAAUGGAUUGUCUGUCCAAGCUGAAGGACAUAGAUGGUGCUGAGAUAGUUAAGUUUCUGCAGGACACACUGGACACACUUUUUGCAGUUUUGGACGAGAGCCCUCAGCGCUAUGGACUGAAGGUGUUUGACUGCCUGGUUCAUGUCAUUAAUUUACUGCAGGACAGUAAAUUCCAGCACUUCAAGCCCAUCAUGGACAACUACAUAGAGCACCAUUUUGCGGGAGCACUGUCAUACCGAGACCUGAUACGGGUCCUGAAGUGGUAUGUGGAUCGCAUCAUCGACACUGAGCACCAGGAGCAGAUCCAGCAGGUCCUGAAGGCUGCAGAGUAUCUGUUUAAGUUCAUUGUGCAGUCUCGCAUGCUGUACACAGCAGCGGCUGCAGGGCAGGGCGAGGAGGAAUUCCGCUGUUCCAUCCACGAGCUCUUCAAGUCUGUCCACCUGUUCCUCUCUCAUGAGAGCAAGGGCAUCAGCCCCAUCACACACACACAGGCUGUGUUUCUGAGGUCCUUCCCCAUUGUGUGCUCUGAGCUGUUGAAGGUGUUCAACGUGCGGGAGGUAGCAAAUCUUGCACGGGACACGCUCAACAGCAUGCCUGCACUUUCACACACAGACUGCCCCCUGCAGGCCGUUAAGCUGCAGUGCAUGGCCAAGACGGUGGAAAGCCCACUAUACACAAACCCAGAAUCGCGGUGUGUGUUGCUGCCUGUGGUUCUUCAUCUCCUCCACACAUACCUUCAGGAGCAGAAGGAGCUAGUUCUGUGCGCAAAUAUCCUCACCGGCAUGUUAUCACUGGUCCACAGAGAUCCAAACACAGAAUGUGUGGUGUCUGAAGAGGUAAAUAUAAUCAUGGAAAGCCUGUCUGGGGUUUUGCUGCGGACUAUCCUGGAGGUGACCAGCCACCCCCAGCCGACAGCAACCUCUCUGCGUCUGCAGUACCAGGAUGUUACUGGUGAAUUUGUGGCCUGUUUGCUCACUCUCCUGAGGCAGCUCAGUGAUAAGGAUUACCAGAAGCUCCUGAGCCGAUUUCCCAAUAAGGAUGAGCUGGCGAACUUUCUCCUGCAGCUUUUCACUGUGUUUAGAAUACUUAUCCGGCCAGACAUGUUUCCUAAAGACUGGACAGUCAUGAGAUUGGUCACCAACAAUGUCAUCAUCACCACGGUGCUCUAUCUCUCUGACACGCUGCGUAACAACUUCCUUAAUGAGAAAUUUGACUUCAAGGUGUGGGAGUCCUAUUUGUACCUCUCCAUAGUGUUCGUCAUCCAGCCAUGCCUCCAGCUCGAGAUGUUCCCUCCGUCCAAACGGAAGAAAGUGCUGGAAAAGUACGGAGACAUGCGGGUGAUGAUCGGGUGUGAGAUCUUCAGCAUGUGGCAAAAUCUUGGUGACUAUAAAGUGAAUCUGAUCCCUUCACUGAUUGGGCCGUUCCUGGAGGUGACCCUAGUGCCGCAGUCUGACCUGCGCAACGUGCUCAUCCCCGUCUUCCAUGACAUGAUGGACAGCGAGGAGCGUCGCAGUGGCAACUUUAAGCAGGUGGAGGCGAAGCUCAUCGAUAAACUGGAGAGUCUGAUGUCAGAGGGUAAAGGAGAUGAGACCUACAAGGAGCUCUUCAACAACAUAAUACCACUGUUUGGCCCAUACCCGAGCUUGCUGAAGAAGAUUGAGAGAGAAACCUGGAGAGAGAGUGGAGUCUCUCAUAUUGCCACUGUCACACGACUUAUGGAGAGACUGCUUGAUUACAGGGACUGUAUGAAGAUUGGAGAGGUUGAUGGGAAAAAGAUUGGCUGUACUGUCAACCUGCUGAACUUCUAUAAGACGGAGCUCAAUAAGGAGGAGAUGUACAUACGCUACAUCCACAAGCUCUAUGAGCUGCACCUGAAGGUCCAGAACUAUACAGAGGCAGCCUACACUCUGUUACUGUAUGAUGAGCUGUUGGAGUGGACUGAGAGGCCUUUGAGGGAGUUCCUCACCUACCCCAUGCAGAGCGAGUGGCAGAGGAAGGAGUGCCUCCAUCUCACUAUCAUCCACAACUUUGACAGAGGCAAAUGCUGGGAGAAUUGCAUUAUCCUUUGUCGUGAGCUGGCCAAUCAGCAUGAAGCUUACUAUGACUACAGGAACCUGAGUAAAAUGAGGCUGAUGGAGGCUUCUCUCUAUGAUAAGAUAAUGAACCAGCAGAGGCUUGAGCCAGAGUUCUUCAGGAUCGGGUUCUAUGGCAAGAAGUUCCCAUUUUUCUUACGUAAUAAAGAGUUUGUUUGUCGGGGCAAUGAUUAUGAGCGUCUGGAGGCGUUUCAGCAGAGGAUGCUGAGUGAGUUUCCCCAUGCCAUCGCCAUGCAGCAUGCCAACCAGCCAGACCAGACCAUCCUUCAGGCCGAGGCACAGUACCUGCAGAUUUAUGCGGUCACACCCGUGCCUGACAAUCGUGAUGUCCUACAGAGGGACGGUGUGCCAAACAACAUUAAGAGCUUCUACAAGGUCAAUCACAUCUGGAGGUUCCGCUACGACAGACCCUUCCACAAGGGCACCAAGGAUAAAGAAAAUGAGUUCAAGAGUCUGUGGGUGGAGAGAACUACUCUGAGCUUGGCUCAGAGUCUCCCGGGCAUCUCACGUUGGUUUGAGGUGGAGAAGCGUGACCUGGUGGAGAUGAGUCCCCUGGAGAACGCCAGCGAGGUGAUCGAGAAUAAGACCCUGCAGCUGCGCACCCUGAUCGCCCAGUGCCAGACUCGGCAGAUGCAGAACAUCAACCCGCUCACCAUGUGCCUGAAUGGCGUCAUCGACGCCGCCGUAAACGGGGGACUCACGCGCUACCAGGAGGCUUUCUUUGCGAAAGAUUACAUUUCCAGUCACCCAGAGGAUGGAGAUAAGAUUACCCGUCUCCGAGAGCUCAUGUUUGAGCAGGCACAUAUUUUGGAGUAUGGUUUGGCUGUGCACGAGAAAUUUGUUCCGCAGGAUAUGCGUCCACUGCACAAAAAACUUGUUGACCAGUUUCAUGUGAUGCGAUCCAGUCUGGGCAUACAGCCACAGGAGUUUCCUGCAUACGUGCGCGUCAGUCCACUGCAUUUUGCCAACGGCAGUCCACGCACCUGCAGGACCCCGGUUCCUAAUGCCAUCAGUCCGGACGGCGGGAGAAUAGUUGCGCGGCGCAGCCCUCUAAGUUACCCGGCCGUCAAUCGCUACUCCUCAUCCUCACUGUCGUCGCAGGCCUCCAACGAUGUAAGCAACAUCACUGGCCAAUCAGAGAGCUCGGAUGAGGUCUUCAACAUGCAGCCCAGCCCGUCCACCUCAAGCCUCAGCUCCAACCACUCUGGGUCCCACAACGUGACUGGCUCUGCCGUCAGCUCCAGCAGAGAUGCGCUUCCAUCAGCGUCUCCGCUGCCGCUCGAUAAGCACAAGCAGUCCAGAGAGAACGCGUGCCUCUCGCCCCGGGACAGACUGUGCAGCAGCAUGUUCCCCAGUGCCCUGGACUCGGCCCAGAGGAUGAUGCCCUUCCAGAUCGACACCAGCCUGCCACGGUGUGAGGCCGGUCUCCCCACCACAGACACAGGCAAGAGCAUAAGGUCUUUAUCACCCAUGCCAACUGCAAGGUCUCCUCAAAAGACCACAGCUCCACCCCUCACGCCCUCCCCUACCGACGGCCUGCCUGCGGGCAGCCUGGCGUCGCACUCGCCCGCCCGUUCCGGCAGCUACAGCAGCGGUAUCUCCUCCCUUAGCCGCUGUAGCGUCUCCGAGAUGUGUAGUGUCGAGCCAUCCCCGCCUGAUCCGCCCCUACCUCCCGUUGCCCCCGUUGACAACCUUGUGCGCCGCGGCAGCAAGACUCCACCUCCCUACAGCGUCUACGAGCGGAACAACCCACGGCGGGCCACCCCACUGCCUCACAGUCUGUCGGUGCCACCCACCGUGGACAACCCCAACCUACCCUCCAAGCCACAUCUUAGCCGCACCCAAAGGAUCCUCUCGGAGCCCAGACACAGACUCACGCCUCGGAAAGUUUCACAGCUCUAGGGUUGCCCUGCUCCAUGGCCAUCCAUGACGCAGUGCUGGAACUCCAGCCCACACUUAGAAACUCUCACACUGGAUUACUGAAGGGAAGGGAAGAAUUAAUUUUUAUAUAUGCAGUUUAUUUUUUUGUAUCACCUAAAAUGGAAGAUAAUGGUUUCUAUUUCUGUUUUCGUUGUAGCGACUGCUUUGUUUUGUUCAGCAAUGAAUCCACCACAGUACCGCUCUGUAAAAUAUGUAUGUAAUUAAUGGGUAGUCUACGUGACCUGGCCGGUGGAUGAGCUGAGGACACUCAGCAGCUCAGCUUUUGUAUGUUUGCAGAUGUACUGCUGCGCUUAUUUCCUUUAACCAUUGCAGAUGAACUGUAGUUGUCCCUUUUGUUCCUGGAUGGCCUUUUACAUUAUUAAUUUGGGGCCUGGUUCAAAUCAAUUUCUUGAUCAGUUUCCAGGAUCAGUUAUCACAGCCCAACAUAAACUGAUUCAAGGCUGCAUACCUUGGCAUAUUUUCCAUUAAUGUUCAUUUUGGCUGAUGUACAACAAUAGCCAUUAAGAGAAUUACAAUUAGAAUCUGCAAAGGGCAUAUAGUUUACAGUUAAAUCUUUAGAUCUGGCAGGUCCACAUCCCACUUAGAGCAAAGUUACAAAACAUUGCUUGCAAGGUAUUUUUGAUAGAUGUAUAAAAUCCCAUAACUGUACAGUAUUCACUGUCCACCAUGGCACUGUUUUUAGGCCUUACAUAGAUAAAGUUGUGCAGCUAGACCUGCAACUUGUUUUAACUGCUUUGUAUUUUUUGGAAUGGCUGAAAGGUGCUACAUAUUCCUUAGUGUUUCUUUCUAACGUAGCCCUGUAUCUGCCAACCCUGCCUGAACGUUCAUUGUGCCAUGUAAUGAAAUCGUGUAGUCUCCAAGUAUUGUGCCAAAGAUACAAAUACUAUUCACUUUUCUGUCCGUGAGAGUAGUUAGGGACGCUUAAACCACGUAAGCGUGAAUGCUUGUGCUUGACAAUGUGCUUUUUAUACAGUGUGCCGAAGCUUAGACUAAGACAGCAUGAGGCAUGUACAGUGUCAAGCAAUAUAACCACUGUAGAUUCCUAAAGAGUGUCAUGUUUGUAGCACAAGGGCCCUUCAGUUUUAAGGUGAAAUUUUCUCUGAAAGAAUUCCGGUUUCAGAGAUUUCAGAUAGAAUUGGUUUGCACUGCUUAGCUAAAAGUAGAAUUAACUAAAAAAAUAUUCUGUGAUCAAUGGGGAGAAGCUUAUUCUCAUUCUAGGAGACAAUAUGGACAGCAUAUCCUCAUGCUAAUCUAAGAGGAGAGUUCAGGUGGGCAUGCAGAGAAAAUGUAAAAAUCACUGCCAGUAUAUUCUUGAAUUGGGGCCAGGCAUGGCACACACACAUUUUAAAGAAUACUAUACUGAUUUUUUUUGUAUGCUUUUUAUUCAUAAAUGUAAUUUUUUUAAAGAAUGUAUAUUCACUGUUAAGACGUUUUUCCAAAUGUGUCACAGUUAUUAUGGAUGGAUUUUCUUUUUAUAUGUCAUGCCUUCUUUUAACAUUUAUUAUAGACAUUCAAAGAGAAACUUAUAGCUUAUUUUUCAUGUCCUUUCAGAUUUCAUGGAGCAACUCUAAUACGGUUGAUACUUAUUAUUAAUAGAUUUUAAAAAUGUCCCUAAAUGUGUUUGAAUUACUAACUAUGGGGACACUUCUUUAAAAAUAUCGCAUGUAUAUGGCACUGCAAAUGGUACAGCUUUGCUGCACUGCAAAAAUAAAUAAAAUAAACAACAACAAAUUAAACCCUCGAUAUAGCAAAAAUAAUUUAAAUUAGCAAAAAGCUGUUUCACUGUCAGCCUGCCAACCCAAAUCUUUGCACAGCUGUACAUGAAUAAUUAUUAAUAUUGUUAAAAAGGGGUAGUAAAUACCUAAAUGAUCAAACUGCCUUUUUUUCUGCUAGCUGAAAGUGUUAAAUGUAGAUACUUGUUGGAGCUUGCCAUAUUGAAUGCAAGUAUGCAGGAUUUGAAAGUUAACUACAGUUUAAUGGUUAUCUUGCAAUGUAAUUUGCUUAUAGUUGUCACUGUUUCACUGCAUCUCUGUGUAUUGUCAGAGAAAACCACAAAUGGUUACAAUCACACAUUACACAAAAUUCAAAUUGCAAAGUGAAAUGCUAACCGCCAAUCCAAAAUUUUCCUACAGACUUUUCACUCAUUUCUAAGCCAAGACAGACAAAAUGAUAAUGAUGAAUGAAAAACAAGUUUGGGUUAGUAGAAAAAGUGGGUUGUCUAUUCCCACAGUCAUAAUUAACAAUUAAUUAUAGCAUACGAAGCUGCACCAUAAAAUAGAUCAUAGAGCUUUUACAUUCAUAGUAGAAAUGCUUGUUUAAUUAAAGUGAUUUCACAACUGAAAUAAUUCACAUUAUGGAAUUUUUUAUUGAUACCUUGUGAAUAAACACAGUUUUAAAUCUUGAUAAAAGAAAGUAUGUCAGUUUUUGAUUUCAUAAGAAGAUACAAGAAUAAAAAACUCACUUGGGAAUGUGACCUAAUGCAUUGUAAAUGGUGGCCAUUAGUAUGUUGCUUGUUUGAACUAUUUUAUUAAGUGUUGCAGUUGUGUUCACAUAUGCCUAUUCUAUGAAAAGAUGAUCAUUUUAGGCAAUCACAUUUUAUAAUUUUUAAUGGAUUGCCCAGUGACCAGUUUUAGAAAAAUCAGCUAGUAUUCUUGUAUUAUCUUUUUCUCUCACUUUGUCUCACCUUUUGUAUGAAUUAGGUUUUAUGUUUUUGUUCAAUUUUUUGAACCUGUAAAGUUGUACUUUAUAUCAUACAAUGGGAUGAAAGUAUUCCAUAUAGCCAGUGUUAAAGAUUUUGUACAAACUGUGUUUAUAUGAAAAUGUAACCAGUUCAUAGCUUUGAAUGUUGCAAUGAACAUUUUUAUUUGUAAAUGUUGAAUAUUAGCCAUUAAUGAAUAAAGGUUCAUUGAUGUACAGA